UAAACAAAAUAAUAAUAAAUUUAUAAACAUACAUAGAUACAUUACCUCAAGCUUAAUGGUUGAAGAUAAUCUAAUCUAAUUGAUGGUAGAAGCCUUAACACAAUAGAUUAAAAAAGCAUCUAAUACAUCAGUCUAUUAGUAUUUUAAGAAAAACUUUCGAAUGGAUCUUAAGCGAAUCAACAUAAGCAAUAAGCUGGUGCCAGAUAACUAUCUGAAACUAGCGCAAAAUGCUCAGAAGUCUAGAGAAACCGAGGAGCGAGAGCUUCUGGAAAAACGCAAGUUACCCAUUAACGGCUGGACAGAUGACCACAUCGAAGAACUGCUGCAACAGCUUUCAUUGUUGGAUAGCAAUAACUUUCCAAAGAAAGCAGGAGUUGGUGAACGAGAAGCGCGUAUAGCAUGUUCACUUGUUGCACGUCGUCAUUACAAUUUUGGUCAUGGGAUUGGCCGGUCAGGAGAUUUGAUGGAGGCGCAACCCAAAGCGGCCGGUUCUACGCUUAUAGCCAAUCUCACAAAUUGUCUCUUACUUGAUCUCAUACACGAAAUGGGCAUACGCAGCUGUCGCGCUUGUUUCCUAGCUCCGCUUGCAACCGGUAUGUCACUUAUGUUGUGCCUACUGACAUUACGUCAACAAAAGCCAUUAGCUCAGUAUGUGGUAUGGUCACGCAUUGAUCAGAAAUCGUGCUUUAAGAGCAUUAUUACAGCUGGCCUCAAACCGCUCAUUAUCCAGCCAAAACUUGAUGAUUAUGGUUCACUAUCGACGGACUUAUUUGCGUUUUCUAAAAUGGUCCAAGAUGUGGGCGUUCAAAAUAUACUUUGUUUUUGUACAACAACCAGUUGUUUUGCACCACGUAAUUGUGAUGAUAUCAUUGAAGUGGCUAAAUUAGCGGCUGAAGUUGCAAUUCCACAUUUAGUAAAUAAUGCCUACGGGCUACAAAGUACUUACCUUACACAUCAACUGGAACAAGCGCAACGACUUGGUCGUAUCGAUUUGUUUGUACAGAGCACAGAUAAAAAUUUAAUGGUGCCAGUUGGUGGCGCUAUCAUUGCUGGCUUUGAUGAACAACUGGUGCGCAACGUAGCCAAAGCUUAUCCUGGUCGCGCCUCUUCAACUCAAACACUUGAUGUUUUUAUGACACUCUUAUCUUUGGGUCGCAGUGGGUAUUUGAAUUUGGUCAAAGAACGGAAAACUAACUUUGAAUACUUGCGCAUGCGUAUGAGAGAAUUUGCCAAAAAUAAUAAGGAAACGGUGUUUGAAAAUAAAAGCAAUCCGAUUUCUUUGGCAUUAAGUCUAAAGCAAUUGCAAGAUUACGACUUGGACCUCACUAAGUUUGGGUCGAUGCUUUACACACGUGGUAUUUCAGGCGCACGGGUUGUGAAUGUGGCGGAACAACGAGUCAUCGAAGGACAUGAGUUUAUAGGUUGGGGCACACAUCAUUCUCAAACGAAAACUGCUUAUUUAACAAUGGCCGCUGGCUUAGGUAUUACAAAAGCGGAGAUCGAUAGUUGCUUUGAAAAACUAAAAGAAAGUUGGCAAGAUUUUUUAAAAAGUAGUAAAAAGAAAUAAAAAGACUAAUACAUACACAAACUUGCCAAGACCAAAUAUAAAAUAUGAAAUUGUAUAGCUUAGGUAUGCUGCAAGAAUUCUAUGCAAUUUUUAUAUUGGUAAAAAAAAAACUAGCUAAUCAUAUUACAGUCAAUUUUUUAUGAAUCGUAAACAAAGAAACUAAUUAUUUAACAUUUAAUAAAAAUUAAACUAAAAAUACGAUA